AUGGUGGUUUUCGUCUCUUUCUGUAAUUGUAUCUUGGUUUAUCAAAAUCGACAUGUCUCUUGGAAGGAAGACAAAGUUCUUCUCAUGAAGUUUUCAAAUAUCAAAUUUAUAAGAUCUUGUGGAUUGGAGCCUGUGUAUUUUAUAGCUUCUGCAACGCCACACCUUGGUUCAAGAGGACACAAGCAGUUCGCAUUAGGUCCUAUUGUUUUCACUGUCGCUGCUUCCAGACGUCCCUUGACGGUUCUUGACUCUGAACCCACUAUCCACGACAUGUACGACAGUUCCACUAUGAUCAUGAGGCUCAAGGCUACUAUUCAGUCUUUGGAAGUGCAGAUGAGUUCUGUUACUGAGAAGAGUGCUAAUUACGCUCAGAUUUCUUAUCACUUACUAGAGAGAACGCUACUUCGGUUGUGGUUAACUCACUGCUCUCAACUCCAAGGCCCCUGA